AUGGCAGAGGCGCCGAGUGUAGCAGGAACUAAAGGAAUCGGGGCGCAGGUGUAUGAAGAUGUUUCCCUCUAUGAGGAAUAUGAGUGUAAAAUAUGCUACAACUACUUCGACCUGGACCGUCGCACGCCCAAAAUUCUGGAAUGUUUGCACACUUUCUGUGAAGAGUGUCUGAAUACUCUCCACCUUCGUGAGGACCGAGGAUGGCGCAUCGGCUGCCCUCUCUGUCGCCACCGGACCCCGGUGCCUGAGUACAGGAUACACAACCUCCCCAACAACACUAAAGUUACCGAUGCUUAUCCAUUCUACAUCCAGGAUGACAGUCUUCCGCAGGACAUCCUGCCACCGUAUCCUCCUCCUUUGCACCCAGCGCUCACUGCCGCAUACCGCCGCGAGGUGGCGAACGAGGCAGCCGUAGCUGCGCAGGAACAGGCUAUCCCGUCUGUAGCUGUGGUCGGAGGUAAUGCCGCUGCGAACUCUUACGACAGUGCUGGAUACGAGAGCUGUCAGAACUGUAGGCGCAUCGUGCUAACCACAGGCUGUGUGUGCGCCAUUUUCGGCUUCGUCUCCAUGCUUGUGCUGCUGUUUCUGGGACUCAUAUUCGUGCAUAACUUCAACAACCCUCCAUCUCCAGUCGGCCCUAUCUGUUUGUCUGUAGCCAGCAUCAUGGCCAUGUUCUCUGUUGUUAUGACGUGGUUGGUGUGCUGGUUGAGAUAUAGGCCUGACCCGGAACCCGGGCGUGCUGCCUCCUCCAAUGCCAGCAGGAGACAUGUAAAUGUUUUAUGA